ACCAACUUGUUUACUGAACACAUCCAACAAACAUUGCAUUCAGAACCGGCGAAUCGUUGUUUAGAUGUUUAAAAGUUAAUAACCAAAGCUCAAUGGACACCGAACAGCCAGAGAAUCUACCGAGCACCCAGGAAACGGAAUUUGGCGACGAUGAAGGCCUUUCGCAAGACUCCCAAGCCGACAGCCAAGAAAGUACAGCAGAUACAGCUCUAAUUGAUGACCCCUUUCAGAGUCAGGAGUUUCUGCAGCGCAAGUUGUACUUUUUGCUAGAGCAGUUGAAGAAGAUGCACACCAAGCUACCGGAACAAUUUCAACUUCGGAUCUCGUACGAGCUUUUGGCCGGCUUAGCCAACUCGCUGUUGAACGACACAAUAUUCGAGAUUGUGAAGGGUCUGAUGGAGAUCCAACAUGUGACCGAAAAGCAUCUGAUGCAAGUCCGGGAGAAGGUUGAAAAUGAUCAUCAAUUGGAGGUUAAACAGUGGGAAUCGAAGAUUCAGGAUCCGGAGGAAUUGGAACACAUUAUUGCGCUCAUGAAAAUCAAACACACCAAGAAUAUGAAGGAGACCGACAUGAAACUGGUGCUACAUCUCGACCAGAAGGUAAAGGAUCAGCAGUCAACGCUGGAGAAGGCCGGCGUUCCCGGCUUCUACGUGUCCGACAAUCCGAUGGAGAUUAAAAUUCAAAUGUACCUGCUGGAUUUUAUCCUUCGGUUGUCCAGAUUGAAGUUUGAACCUAACAAAUAGCAUUUAACAGAGGGAAUGUUGGCAAUUUAUGAUAAGACUGAUCAAAACUUAAUACUGGAUGAGAUCGAUAAAUUAAUGUGUGAUACUCGACGACCAAGUGUACCGAGAGAAAAUUGAUUUGAUUAGGCAAAUUCUAAGCAAGAAAUUGUAUGCAAGUAGUUUCAAGAAACUGUAUGCAACAUCCCCUCCACUUCUUUUAAUUAUUUCUACCACUCCCUACUUACUGAUAUGUAUGUAUUAAACGGUCUUAUUUAAAACACACACUAAUGUGUGACCACAUGGUUCUCCAAUACUAAUAAAUAAGAAGUAAAAUUAA